GUGUACCCCAGGCACCGGGCCCGACCCAGACUGUGACCCCAAACUUGAGGCUGAGGUGGUGAAACCAGACAAAUGUGGCAAAAUGAAAGACCCUGCUGGACCCUUCAGGGAGUGUAUAAGUGUGGUGAAUCCCACUCCGUUCUUCCAGAGCUGUGUGUAUGACAUGUGCCAGUUCAACGGCCAGCAGCAUGUUCUGUGUGACCAGCUCCAGGCCUACACUGAUGCCUGCCAGAGCGCUGGAGCCAAAGUCCACCCGUGGAGGACUCCAGACUUCUGCCCCCUGGCCUGUCCUCCCAACAGCUCCUACUCUCUGUGUAUGAGUUCGUGUCCAGAAACCUGUCAGGGUGUGGUCGGACUGCCCGGCUGUGAGAACGUGUGUGUGGAGGGUUGCGAAUGUAAUCCAGGCUUCAUCCUCAGCAACGAAAAGUGUGUGGCACUGAAAGACUGUGGCUGUGUGGACACCAGUGGAUCCUAUCACCCU